GUGGGCUGGUGUGUGCGCGCGCGUGCGUGUGUAUUAGUGGGAGAGGGAGCUGCAGGAGCAGGACAGAGUUCAGUCGGKGGACUCUGAAAACUGGAGGAUCUGCAGAAUCCCAGAGGUGCACAGAGGAGUCAGCUCCGCGUAGCUGCUCGACUCUGAUCCACUGUAGUUUCAGGAAAGUCUCUCUCUCUCUCACACACACACACGCGCACACACACGGACAUCUGAUUCCGAUGCCAGCAGCAGCACAGAUUAAAAACUCCACGGAGACAUAUCCCGGAAGAAGAACCAGCUGGGCAGGUUUUACGCACACAGGCUCCGCUGUUUUAAAGGGAUCCAGCGAAGACCUGGUUCUGACCGUCCGAAAAAUCCACCAUUUUUCUGAUGUUUACCAAGUAAUGAAGUAGAAGAAGAUGAAGGAUCUGAAGAAGAAGCUGUACGUGGUGAUGGACGUGCUGUGUGUUAUAAUUGCCUCGCUGCCCUUCAUCAUUCUGAACAUAGUGUCCAAGCCGUAUAUAAGGGGGAUUUAUUGCGAUGACCAGAGCAUCAUGUACCCCAUAAAACCAGACACCAUCACCCACGGCAUGCUGGCAGCUGUCACCAUCUCCUGCACUGUUAUCAUUAUCUGUUCCGGAGAGGCUUAUCUGGUUUACAGGGAGAARCUUUACUCCAACUCCAGCUUCAACCGAUAUGUAGCUGCUCUCUACAAGGUGGUGGGCACCUAUUUGUUUGGAGCCUCGGUCAGCCAGUCGCUGACGGAACUCGCCAAGUACACCAUCGGCCGUCCGAGGCCCCACUUCAUGGCCGUGUGCGCUCCGAAGGUCUGCGUAGGAUACAUGCAGGAGAUCAACUGCACCGGCAGUUUACUGGACGUCAAAGAAGCGAGAUUGUCUUUUUACUCUGGUCACUCGUCCUUUGGAAUGUACUGCAUGAUCUUCCUAGCACUUUACGUGCAGGCGAGACUUGCGGCGAAGUGGGCCAGACUUCUGCGGCCCACGAUCCAGUUCUUCCUGGUGGCCUUCGCCGUGUACGUGGGCUACACCCGAGUCUCUGAUUACAAGCACCACUGGAGCGACGUGCUGGUGGGGCUGCUGCAGGGAGCCCUUGUUGCCGUGCUCAACGUCCGGUUCGUGUCGGAUUUCUUUAAAAAGCGUCCUCCGCGUCGCUGCAGGCCAGGAGGCGCGGCCGACAGCGAGGAGCCGGAGAGGAAGCCGAACUUGCAGAUUACAGACGCGGAGCACGGGAACCAUUACAACUUUCGCAACCAUCCCGGGACUUUGUGAGAGAGGACUCAGACCUUUUACCCCCACCCCCACCCCCACCAAAACCUGUGUGACAUGUGAGCAGAAGCUAAGGUUGCGGAGUUCAGCUGUGGUUAGCUCUGGGAGUAACCUCGGGUCAGCUGCAGGUCGUGUUCUGCUGACGGCUUCCUGUUUUCAAAUUUACAUUUUUUUAUGUCUUCAUGAGUUCAUCAGUCCAUUGAAUUUCUUCAUAUAAGGAGCUGGAGAUCUGGUUUCCUUUUUGUGUUUUCAACCACUCACACUCUGCCUGCUUCCCUGGACUGACUUGGGUGGAUUCCAGAUGUUCAGACCACCUCUCAAAGACACAACGAUGACCUUCUCAUAAGAGAGAAGAGAGAAAAAUGGGGUUAAAGUGUACAUGCUAUUAGGUGAAGGAUUCCAAACUCACUGAAAUGAAGGUAUAAUAUUUAUGUUGUAGCAAACACUCAGCAGAUAGAGAUCACAGCGUGUGCCUUUAAUCACCAUCUGCUUAACAGAAGAAUGCUGUUUGAUUUUACUCAUUAAGCUCUUAGUGGGUGGAGCUGUCGCCUCACAGCAACAAGGUCGCAGGUUUGCUCCCUGGUCUAUCUGUAUGAAAUUUACACAUUCUUCCUUUGCACAUGUGGAUUUUCCAGAAACUCCAGUUUCUUCCCACGGACCAAAAACAUGCAUUUUAAAGGUUAAAUGCUGACUCUAAGCUGUGUGAGUGACUGGUUGUUUGUCUCCAUGUGUUCCUGUGAUGGACUUGCCACCUGUUCAUGGUGGCCCCGCCCCCCACUCACACAAWGGCCGCUCGAGACAGCUCCCCGCGACCUGGAAAGGAAAAUCGGGUAAAGAAAAUGACUGGACUAAUUAAGCUUAUUGUUCUGAUAGAUGUACUUGAUCUGUUUUUAAUGGUUUUAAGUGUUGCUGAGGUUUGGUAGCAGUUAAAACAACCUGAAGGGUCUGAAAAUACAGAUAUCUGAGACGCAACAAGUCGGGAUCUUGUUUCACAGGAGURGCAGUUAUUCCACAUUUAGUUCAUUUGAAGUGAGGUUAUUUGGAAAGGAUACGAGCAAGCAAUAUCUUACCUGUUGUACAUAUAUUUUAGAACAGGCUAAGUUUGGAGAAACCGACAAGCUAACAGCUAGACCGAGAGGGGCCGAGACCGCAGUGGAUUUUUUUCUGUCAUCUUAAAUCAACUAAUUAGUAAAAGUACAUAAAAUUUCAUAUCAAAAUUGUUUUACAAAAUUUACAUUGCUGUGACUUUUGAAACACGUCAUUUAUGAAGAAUUUUGUCAUGUACAACAGGUAAGAUAUUAUUUGUUCAUAAUUCUCCUACAUGACUUGCCUUCAAAAGAAGGCAAAUAUACCUAAAAGCAGUUUUUGUUUAAUUUUUUUUGCAUAUAUGCUUAUUAAAACUUUUUUAUACGUAUUUAAUUUCUUAAAUAUUCAUAACGACUUCCCACUGUGUGAUAUUUCCUCUCCUGUGUGGAAAAAAGACUGCAUGUACAGGCCUUUGAUGUCAAAAGCUUUAAACGUGUUACGUUACGCUGCUACCACUUUAACAACAAAUAUUUAGAGAUUUUACCCUAAUUUUUCUGUUUUUAAACAGCAUUUUAUUAUAGAAGUACUCAAAGGACAAGACACUCAUUUCUUUUAAAAUGGUGUUUGAUUAAAUUUUUUAAAUGAAAAUGUUUUUAUUUAGUGCCA